AUGAACAAAGCCAGUGGCAAAACAGAAGUUCUGAUCUUUGGCAGAAACCCCCCCAAGGCAGAAAUUACAGUGAAUGGAGAUACUAUUGGGAGGGUUGAGCAGGCUAAGUACCUGGGCUCAGUCACAACCCGAGAAUCAGGAAACAAAGCUGAGAUCACAGAGAGGAUCAGUAACUUCAGCAGACAAGCUGCUGCCCUCCAACCAGUUCUCAGAGACAGACUAGUCUCCAACGAAGUGAAGAAAACUAUCUUCAACACCAUCUUAAAACCAGUCCUUCUGUAUGGUUGCGAGUCUUGGGUGCUAACUAAGAAAGACAUCAGUAGACUACAGGCCGCAGAAAUGAAAGUCGUCCGUACCAUGCUGGGCAAAACGAGGGCUGACAGACUGAGAAACACGUACCUCAGAGAAACCUUAGGCAUAACAUCAAUAGAACAAGACAUAGAAAGAGCAGCCCUAAGAUGGCUUGGACAUGUUGAAAGAAUGGACGAGGGAAGAAUUCCAAAGAUAGCCCUCCAGUACAAACCAAAGGGCAAGCGUCCCUUAGGUAGACCCAGAAAGAGAUGGAGGGACAACAUACAGGAGAUACUGACAAAGUACAGACUGGGCAGACUAGUUAGACUGGAAGAGGAGGGGAUCUUCCAUGAUCGGGAAGAGUGGAAGAGACGAUGCUCUCAACUGACAGGCCCUAAAGCCUACCUGGGGAAGAUAGUAUUUCCUAUCCCAUUACAGGAGCAAUACUGCUACCGCCCUGAGGAAUGUCCCACGGGGUUUUACUGUGAUCAGUCUGGCGGCAACGGCUUCGGGACCUGUCGGCAAGGUUCGGGAGAACGCCAGCCAGCUUCGCCUUGCUAUAGCGAUGACGACUGCGGCUCUGGGCGCCUGUGCCAGCCGGGAGCGGGUGGCAGGGGCACCUGCGUGGACGGAGUACCUCAGCACGGAGGACAGCGGGCGCCUCAGGGCUGUGUAAAUGACGCCUCCUGUGGGAGUGGGGAGUACUGUGUGGUGGACCCGGCUACUGGCGCAGGAACCUGCAAACCGAGCAUUUACGGAAAUGUUCCCGGCAUAGACAGGCAACCUACACCCGAAUCGUGCGCGUCUGACGCCGACUGUCCCCGAGGGACGAUGUGCGAGUCCCGCCCGGCUGUAGGGUACGGGCAGUGCGUGCAACCGCCGCCAGGGGGCAUUGUGCAGCCUCAACCCCAGCCGCAACCUCAACCGCAACCCCAACCACAGCCACAAGGACCGCCCAAGUACUGUCUGGAGGAGAGAGACUGUGGUAGCGGGUACACAUGUAACUUCCACUCCAGCCUGGGGUACGGGGAGUGUGAACCCGGGAACAUCCGACCACAGCCGCCACAGCCUGAUCCGUCCCGGCGGCAAAGCUGUAUGAACGACCGGGACUGCGGACGCGGGAACUACUGUGACGUCAGCGAUCCCAACAAUCCUUUCGCGGUCGGGACCUGCAGACCUGGCCAGAGACCAACAGGACCUGGAGGGAUCCAAUUCUGCACAGAAGACCGUGAUUGUGGCUCUGAUCACUUCUGUGAAGCUAUCGUCAAUGGCUACGGUGUGGCGGGUAUUUGCAAGAGAGGCACUCGUGCUGGGCCGGUUUUCUAUUGCAAUCGUGAUGAGGAUUGCUUCGACAUAGGUGUGUGCGACAUUGUCCCCGGUCAGCCUUACGGAACUUGUGGACUGCCGAAAUACUGCUAUCUGAACUCACACUGCGACCCGGGGAACUUCUGUGACUUCAUCGGGCCGGGAACAUACGGCGUCUGCAGGAGAGGGCCAUUCCCAACUGAUGUGAUCUGUUACCAAGACAGAGACUGCAAUGGUGGACGCUGCAACCUUCUGUAUGGCCAGUUUGGAGUCUGUGAAGAGAGUCCAUACCAACCUCAACCACAACCUCAGCCACAACCUCAGCCGCAACCAGUCCCACAGACUGGCUGCGCGAUAUCUCUGUCUGAACUCGAAGGGACCGGAUUUGGAACCUUUAGGGAGUGCAAUGUGUACGACGACUGCCCAGCGUACGAGUACUGCUCGUUUGACAUCUGUAACCAAGGACGCAAGGGCUACUGCAUCGGACGUGACUGCUACGCCGAGUCGGACUGCCAGCAGUAUAACGCCAGGUGUCACAUGGAGGAGGACUACUUCAAAGGGUGGUGCAAGCAGUGACGUCACAGAUGACGUCACACAUUUCCGUGUCAACAAGCUGCGGUGCUGUAACAAUUGUUUACACGUCUUUCAUGAUUCGUAAAUAACUUCAUCAGGUUGGCAAUUAUUCAUAUAGUAAGGUUCUUUAAGCACAACUAAGGGGGCAAGAGUCAUCGACAGAGAGAAAAACAGAAGAACACGCCGGAUUAAAGAAGCAGUUUGGAUCAGACAUCAGCUCCAGUCAUGAACAGAGACAAGGGGUGAUGCAAGCUGAGCCACGUUUGGGACGGCAUUCUUGCUGCUGCAGCGCCACCUACAUCGGCUAUAAGUAGCAGCAAGAAGUAGUUUGCAGUCAUUUUACCCUGAUGAUGGUGUCUGAUAGACACCGAAACGUUGGAAGUAAGUACUCCUUGGCCGGGCUCAACGAACCUUACUAUAUGUCUCCGUGAUUGUUUGAGUAUGGGAGUCUUGUAAAAGGCAAAUCAUAUCACAUUAUCCUCAUACGUAUCUUACAAAGCAUCCAAUGAAACAGAAGUCGAAUUUCGUAUCAUUUCGUAACAAUAGGACAGAUUCAGUAGCUACGAUGUCAGUUUUCUGGUGCUCUUAUGAAAUAUUUACUUUCAUGGACUAUGCAAAAAUCAAUCAUUGUACAUGUACGUGGUCAGUGGAUUUUAACAUUCUAAAAUAGCUUUGUCAUAUUGAUCAUAACUCCAAUACAAGCCUCAAUGAGUCAGUUUUAUGAGUCAGUUUUAUUAUUGUGAGACUCAGUGACCACUUUCUUUUGUUUAUCAAUAAUUGUAUGUAUAUAUUGCAUCGAUUUUAAAAACCUCAUCGUUGUGAAAUUGGGUUUGGAAUUCUUUGCAUUAAUGAUGAUUUUAAAGCUAAUUCUGUUUAUAAAGGAGAGGUUCGUGCAUGAGGUGAGAUGUUAUAAUAUGAGGUUUAUAUUUAUUUAUUGUCGCUUCGAUUAAAUAAGAUGUAUUUGUGAAAGACAAAAACUAACGGAACAUGUGUAUUACUUAUCUUAAGAAUCCAUAUUUAGGUCCAUCUUUGAUCUAUUAGGUGUGAAUUAAUUCUACAUCAUGUAUUAUUACAAUCAUUAUCUUUGUCAAAUGAGGAAUAUCUCUUUAGGUGAUCUAUGCAGUGUACAUUAGAGUUCGUUCAAAUGACAAUACAUUCAAUAGUCAUUUUUAGAUGACAGACCUAAACAAUAUACUACAAAAGUUCUCGGCAGUUAUUUAUGACCUAUCUAAUAAUAGUUCUAAUGACAGUUAUGGAUACAAUUUCAUACAAACCCUUGCCAACCAUGUUUGGAAGAAAACAAAAGACUUUACAAGAAUCUAUUUAUAUUGGUGCAAUGUAGCUGGCAUUAUGGAAAUCUAGUUAGCAAAAAUAUUGAGGGGCAACGUCUUAUCGAGUACUUAUCUAGCAUUCAGUGGACAAAAGGAGUUGAUGGUGAAUGAUAGCAUGUUAGAAAAACUAGAUUUCAGGCAGUUUAAAAUUUUCAGCGUAGGAGAAAUUGUGUUAUUUGCCACACGAUUUAUUAAUUCUUGUAUUGCAAUGUAUACGUUUGUGGGGAAAAUAAACAAUUUAAAAAUACACAA